UCCUGAACACUAAGAUGAAAGCCAAGACACCAAGAUACUAAGUCCCUGUUCUCCACUCAGUUUCUUCAUCAUGGCUUCUUGUCAUCAUUCAGAGUCUCCGCAGGGUCGACCAGAAAUCCAGGCUGCUUUCGGAGUAGAAACCAUUAAUCCAAUGCCAGGGACUAACACAGGAGUAACUAACAGGUUUAGUGAGGAUGGUGUUUCCUUGACUUGGGAGGAUUUGUGGGUCACAGUUCCAGGUGGAAAAAAUGGCAGCAGAUCAAUCCUCCAGGGCCUGACUGGCUAUGCACGUCCUGGAGAGCUCCUGGCAAUAAUGGGUCCUUCGGGUUGUGGCAAGUCCUCUCUCCUUGAUACCUUAGCAGGGAGACUAGGUCCCAACACAAGGCAAGCAGGAGAUAUUCUUAUCAAUGGACGUAAACAGGCCUUGGCUUAUGGAACAUCGGCAUAUGUAACCCAAGACGAUUCGUUGAUUACUACGUUGACUGUAAGAGAAGCUGUCUAUUACUCAGCUCAGCUCCAAUUGCCAGACACAAUAUCCAUGUCAGAGAAGAAAGAGAGAGCAGAAAUGACAAUCACAGAAAUGGGAUUGAAAGACACUAUGAAUACUCGGAUAGGUGGGUGGGGAGCUAAAGGACUGAGUGGUGGCCAAAAGAGGAGAGUUAGCAUUUGCAUUGAAAUCCUGACGCGACCAAAACUUCUGUUCCUGGAUGAGCCUACUAGUGGGCUUGACAGUGCAGCUUCAUAUUAUGUGAUGAGCAGAAUUGCAAGCCUGAAUCAGAAAGACGGAAUCAGAAGAACAAUAAUUGCAUCCAUCCAUCAGCCUAGCAGUGAAGUCUUUCAGCUAUUCCACAAUCUUUACCUUCUAUCUGCAGGCAAAACAGUGUAUUUUGGUCCUGUUUCAGCAGCAAAUGAAUUUUUUGCUUUAACUGGAUUCCCCUGCCCAAAUCUCCAAAACCCAUCCGAUCACUUCCUCAAAACCAUAAAUAAGGAUUUUGAAAAGGAUAUCGAGCAAGGUUUUGCUAAUGGAAUUCCCGCAGAGGAAGUUAUUAACAUUCUUGUAAAGUCAUAUAAAUCUUCUGAUGUGUACCAGACAGUUCAGAGAGAAGUAGCUCAGAUUUGUAAACAGGAUGCUAGAGCAUUGGAGAAGAAUGAAAGCCAUGCUGGCUUCUUCACCCAGUGUCAUGUCCUUACUAAAAGAUCUUUUAUUAACAUGUAUCGCGAUUUAGGCUACUAUUGGUUGCGUCUAGGUGUCUAUAUUGCAUUGGCUGUAGUGCUUGCCACUGUGUUUAGCCACAUUGGGAUGAGCUAUGGGUCGAUUCAGGCAAGAGAUUCACUGAUUAUGUUUGUAGCUUCAUUUCUAACUUUCAUGGCUAUUGGUGGAUUCCCUUCUUUUGUCGAGGAAAUGAAGGUAUUUGAACGAGAAAGACUAAAUGGGCACUAUGGUGUCACUGCCUUUGUCAUUGGGAACACAUUGUCUGCUCUGCCGUUCUUGGCUCUGGUUGCACUUAUACCAGGCUCAAUUACUUAUUUUCUCCCUGGACUUCACAAAGGAUAUGAAAACUUCUUGUUCUUUGUACUCACAUUAUUUGCUUGCAUGAUGUUGGUUGAGAGCCUAAUGAUGAUUGUUGCGAGUAUGGUACCCAAUUAUCUGAUGGGUAUCAUAGCGGGUGCUGGAAUACAAGGCUUGAUGAUAUUGGUUGGCGGAUUCUUCCGUUUACCCGCUGAUCUUCCCAAGCCAAUUUUGAAGUAUCCCCUGUACUACAUUGCUUUCCACAAGUAUGCUUACCAGGGAUUGUUCAAGAAUGAAUUCGAAGGGUUGACAUUUCCUAUUUCUCAAGCUGGAGGGCCACCCAGCUUAACAGGGGAAGAAAUUCUGAAGAUGACAUGGAAUGUGGAAAUGGCAUACUCUAAGUGGGUUGAUCUUGCUAUUUUGUUAGCAAUGGUUGUUCUCUAUCGAUUUUUGUUCCUGAUCAUCAUCAAGGCAACAGAGAAGGUUAAACCAAUGAUUGCUAAAUUGAAGUCAGCGGCUCUCAAGGAAAGAGAGCAAGUCAUGGUAAAUCCAUCUGCGACACCUCUUUAUGAGGAGAACAUGCAGCCUGUAACUGUAAAGUCGUAGCUAGCUAGUUUCAAUUGAAAAUCUGUUAUUAUCAUGAGUGUAAAAGAGAACUCCUUGUUUAAAGGGAUUGGAGUAUUUUAUAUAUUAGUACCUCCUCCUCCCAUUAUUGUAAAUGGUUUAUCUCGUGCAGGUAGCUUGAGAUGUAAAAUAUUGGAGCUAUCAAGAAUAAAAUUAUUUAUCAUAAAGCCAGAGCCAACCUUAUGGCAAAUGUUAAUGACCAUAUCCUAACAUAUGCCUGGACUCUGGAGAUAGUUUGUAGGCUGUAGCAGUAAUAAUCUUAUUCCGACAAUUUUCAUUUUGAGAAC